GCGCCGGCUCCUCGCAGGGGAACAGCGUCGCAUGCGUGCUCGGCUGCAGCGCUCACUUGUUGCAGGAGGCGGAGUCGCGGCACACGUGCGCGGCGGCGCGACGCUCGGCGCCAGUGCCGCGGCGGCCGGCGUGGAGCGCACAGCGCCGCACGCGCCGGCAUGCCACGCUAGGAGCAUGCGGCUGCCCCUGCUGCCGCUGCUCGUGCUGCCGCUCGUGCUUGCGCGCCCGGCAGCAGCCGGGAUCUGCUGGACGGGGAUGGACCGCGGCGGGCGCUGUAGCUCGGUAGCGGCCCUGCGCGUGGGCCGCGCCGAGUGCUGCGCCGGCGCCUCUCGCGCGCCAGCCGCCUGGAGCCCCCGCGAUCUCGACAGCGGCGAGAUAUUCUUCUACAAGGCGCUCUCUGGAGGAGUGCCCUGUGUUGCUUGUGCUGAAUCAUGUGCCGGAGUAUCGUGCGGCAACGGCCGACGCUGCGUGGUGCGCGGCGGGCGCGCUCGCUGCGUCUGCGCCGCCGCGUGCCGCCGCGUCGGCGCCGUGUGCGGCAGCGACGGCCGGACGUAUCCGUCGCUCUGCCGGCUGCGGCGCCGGGCCUGCCGGAGGCCCGCCAAACACCUCGUGCUUGACUAUCCGGGACCUUGCCAAGAGGGCAGUUGCGAGGGCGUCCGUUGCGGCGGCGACAAGCGCUGCGUGCUGGACGCGGAGCUAGGCGCGCACUGCGUCCGCUGCGGCGCGUGCGGCGUGGCCGGCUCGCCCGUCUGCGCCGUCGACGGACGCACUUACGCGGGUGCCUGUGCUCUGCGGAGGGCGGCCUGUGAGAGGGGCAGAGCACUACCGCUGGCCUAUAGAGGCCCUUGUAUAGCGAACGCGACAUGCGCGUCGAUAUCGUGCGGCGCGUCGCAGCGCUGCGUGUCGGGCGGCGCGUCGGGCGCGCGCUGCGUGUCGUGCGGCGGCUGCGGCGCGGCGGCGCGGCGGCAGCUGUGCGGCAGCGACCGCCGCACCUACCCGUCCUGGUGCCGCCUGCAGCGAGCCGCCUGCCACGCCGGACGCGUCGUCGAUCCGCUGCAUACUGGACCCUGCAAAGGCAACAAAAACAUAACGGACAAUAGUGUGAUUGAGAGAAGUGUGAGCGAAGUGGACACCACGCGCGUCCUAUAGUCAUAGACUAGUAUCGUGGAUGGUCCACCGGCUUCGUAGUGGUUCGAGCUGACGUCUGCCCACUGUGCAACCAGUCGGUACAUCUACAAGUUAAGCGUUUCCUUCUCAGCGAGGACAAAGGGUCAUCGUUCAAUACUCAUUGCUAACAAAUGCAGCGGUUUUAGCUCAACAUUGCAAACAAUUCAUAAUAUCUAGUUGCUAGUACAUCUACCCAAAUUUUGUAGAACUUUACGUAAACCAGGUCUAAUUCUAUCAGCUUAUACCCCCUCCAACUUGCAGUGACCGCUUGCAUAUGACUCAAAAUCAUGUCAGAUCUACUCAAAUUCAAAAAUUCUUAGCUAGUUUAGACUUAGAGAAAUCUGUCAAGCCUGAUGCACCCUUUCAAACUUUGUAGAUAAAUAAUUCUAUAUACCUAGAUUUAAAUAAUUAACACUUACAUUAUUAAAUUUGAGCACCAAAUCGUACUUAAUAUUUAGUCAAAAUGUUAAACAUAGGGACUGUAGUUAGCACAAUAUUUGGAACUUAGGUACUUUCUAUAUAAAUAAAUUCUAAUUUCCGUAUUGUUGAACGUCGCUACUAUGAACGAAGCUCGUAUUAGGAUGAAAUGUUACUUUCAUCGGACUGACAUAUUGUUCUUAAAAUUUAAUUAACUCUUAGUACUUUAAGACUUAAAUAAUUUUACUUCACGAGAUGUGGUUAACGCUUAAUGCAAUAUUUAUUAUUAAGUUACGAGUAUGAAGUUUAGUGCAAUAAUUUUAUUGAAAAUUGUAUGAAAUUUAUGUUAUAUGUUUUGUUUUGUUUGUCUUUACACAUGGCUCGUGAUGCGUAGCACAAGAAACGUCAAAACGUCAUUCGGACAUGUUUACAGUGUUAUACAAUACGUUUUCAGUAUUAUGUGUAUGUAAGAUUUUUAGACUAUCGUUAUUUUCGAAACAUUUUACAUUGAAAAUUAAGUGAUUUUUAUAGACUGUAGGUAAAAAGUAAUUUAUUGUUACUUUUAAAUUAUUUCCAAAAAUGUUUCCAAGACUAUUUGUAUGUGAGUUUUAUCUUCGUGAAUUUCUCAAAUGAAUCAAAGCAAUGUGUGAUGUCAAAGUAGUAGAAACAACUGUCUCGGCGUCCUUCCUAGCUUUAAAUAGUUACAAGUUUUUCUACUAUUCAUUAUAUCAUGUAAUGGUAUUAAUUCAGGACAGCGGAUGACGAAGCUUUAAUGCAUACUUAAUACUUUAACUGUAUCCAUGGACUUGGACUGUUAACGCUACUUAUGUUUAGUCUGGCCGUUGGAUAGGUCGCGCGAUGCAUACAAUGCCGUAGAGUUCACGCCUGUUUCUGAAAUGCGAAGAGUGAAAGCGCAGCUCAAUAGUUGUUGAAGUCAUUGUAUAGUCAUAAAAGCUUAAUAAUUAAUUAUAUUAUGUUAUUUUUUAUUCGAACGAAAAAUAAUUAUUGUUUAUAUUUGUACUUAUUUUUAAUAUUGUGAACAAAACAAUACAUAAUACAGUAGCUCGGCUCUUGUCAAUUAUUUCCUAGUGCUAAUCACGUUGUUAACUGUGUCUGACUAUAAUAAUACUAAAUUGUUGUAGUUGAAUUCAUUGCAAACAUUAGAUGAUUUGUAUAAUAUAUUGUCCUUGUUUCUUCAUAAAUAUUUUACACUGGUA